AUGGAAGGUUUUAUCUGUGCUCAACAUUGGAAAAGGUAUGUGUCGGCAAUUCUUCUUUUCGUUGCCACCUUAAAGUCCACGUCAGCUGUAACACACUAUUCUGUUCCCGAGGAACUCGAAGAGGGCUCUGUCGUCGCAAAUUUAGUUGGAGAUUUGGGACUAGAUGUGAAGACGUUGGUCGAACGGAAAAUGCGCAUAGAGAUCAUUGCCAAUAGGAAAUAUCUGGACGUGAACAAAGAAACGGGAGAGCUGUACAUUGUUGAACGUAUUGACAGAGAGUCUCUCUGUCCCGCCAAGACAUCCUGUUAUCUGAAAAUGGAAGCAAUAAUCGAAAACCCCAAAAGGAUAUUUUACAUCGAAUUGGAGAUAAUGGACAUAAAUGACAACGCCCCUCAUUUUAGAAGAGACACCAUAGAUUUAGAUAUUUCAGAAGCUACGCAGCCUGGUGAGCGCUUUUCUGUGAGUAAUGCCGUUGACCCAGACGUUGGUUCAAACUCUGUGAAAACAUACCGCUUGAGCGAAAGUGAUUAUUUCACAACCGAGAUUCAAACGGGAAGAGAUGGGUCAAAAUUUGCUGAUUUAAUCCUGAAAAAGAAAUUGGACCGGGAGCUGCAGGCUGUACAUAAUUUAAUACUUACAGCAGUAGAUGGCGGUAUGCCGUCUCGUUCUGGUACUGCCAGCAUUAUUGUUCAUGUUUUAGACACAAAUGACAACGCCCCUACAUUUGAAGAAGAGAGCUACCACAUCAAGGUAAUGGAAAAUUCUCCCAUCGGAAGUCUUGUUAUUCAUGUCAAUGCAACAGAUCUUGAUGAGGGGUCAAAUUCCGAUUUAAUAUACUCGUACAGUUUGUAUACAUCGGAAAAAACGCAAGACACGUUUAAUUUAAACCCAAAUACGGGUGAGAUUACUGUAAAAGGAGUGUUAAAUUAUGAAGAUGUCAGAAUUUAUGAUAUGGAAGUGAUAGCAUCUGAUAAAGGAGCCAGUGCUUUAUCAGGACAGUGUAAACUGAAAAUUCUUGUAGAGGACAUGAACGACAACCACCCAGAGAUUUCCAUCAAAUCAUUUCAGAGUCCAGUCAGUGAAAACAUAGAAUUGGACACAGUGAUAGCUGUAGUUAGUGUCAGUGAUAAAGACUCAGGGGACAAUGGAGUGGUGGAUCUUCAUAUUCCAGGUAAUAUGCCUUUCAAACUGAGAGAAUCCUCCGAUAACUAUUAUGAAUUAGUGGUGUCAGAGCCGUUAGACCGUGAGAAGGUCGCAGAAUAUGACAUCACUUUCACUGUCACAGACAGAGGUUCUCCUCCUUUAUCUGACAAUGAAACUAUGACUUUAGAGCUGCUGGAUGUUAACGACAAUGUUCCACAGUUCCCGCUGUCGUUUUACACCAUACGUGUAAUGGAGAAUAACGCACCCGGGGCCUUGCUGAGUUCACUCACUGCGUUUGACCCCGACCUCCAUGAAAACCAGUAUCUAGUUUAUUUCAUCCUAGAGAAGGAGAUAGCCAACACCUCCAUGUCCAUGCUGUUCUCCAUCAAUCCAGAGAACGGUAAUCUUUACGCGCUGAAAACUUUUGACUAUGAGAUCGAGAAGGAGUUUCUUUUCCACAUCGAGGCCAGAGACUCUGGCUCUCCUCCACUCAGCAGUAACGUGACCGUCCACAUCAUUAUUGUGGACCAGAACGACAACGCUCCGGUUAUCGUCUCUCCGUGGCGCGCGCACGGCUCGGUGGUGGAGGACAAGAUCCCCAGAUCCACCGAUAAAGGCUCCCUGGUUGCCAAGGUGAUAGCCUUAGACACCGACUCGGUGCACAAUCGGAUUACCUACCAGUUUCUACAGGUGACUGACGCCACCUUGUUCAGUCUGGACCAGUACAACGGAGAGAUCCGGACCAUGAGGAUGUUCAGUUACAGAGAUCCGCGCCACCAGAGACUGGUUGUUGUUGCCAAGGACAACGGGGAGCCUGCUCUCUCUGCUACAGUCACCAUCAAGCUGUCCACAGUGGAGACCGCCGUUAAGGCCUACUCUGACAUGACUGAGGUGCCUCUGGAGUAUGACAUCUUCUCAGACCUAAACCUGUAUUUGGUGAUCGGUCUGGGCUCGGUGUCGUUUCUCCUGCUCAUCACCAUAUUGGUCACCAUCGUGCUCAAGUGUCAGAAACCCAAGGCCAGCAAAGCGGCUCCUCCCUGCAGGAACAGUGUGAUCAGUGAGAGGAACUCCACCAUCGCAGAUUCCACCUUGGUCUCCAACGAUGCCUACUGGUACAGUCUGUUUCUAGCAGAGACCAGGAAAGGAAAGCUGGUGGUCAGACAGCCUCUGCCAAAGGGCUCCAGAUACAUCGUGUCCAGUUUACCAAGAGGCACAGGACUGACAGAGACUAGUGACUCAGCAGCUUCUACUCUGCAGCUAGUGCCAGCAGAAGACAUUUUAAUUGCCAAUGAAAACGAACUAGUGACGAUGGAUUUUAAAUUCCGCCACCGGCUUUGCAGAAGGUAUGUCUCGCUGUUUAUUUUGUUAUGUGUACCAAUCUCUACUACAACUGCCGUUACGCACUACUCAAUUCCAGAAGAGAUGGAGCAGGGAUCUGUGGUUGCUAAUCUAGCAUUGGAUUUGGGUCUGGAUGCAAAAGCCUUGGGUCGCCGCAAAAUGAGACUGGAUGUCAUCGCUAACAAAAGAUAUCUUGACAUCAACAAAGAAACAGGAGAGCUAUUCGUUGCUCAAACGAUUGACCGGGAAUAUCUAUGCAACAGUAAGAAUCCAUCGUGUUUUAUUAAAAUGGAUGUAACGAUUGAAAAUCCGAUUCGACUGUUCAACAUUGAAGUUGAGAUAAUGGACAUUAACGACAAUGCACCGAAUUUUCGCAGGGAUAAAAUGCAUUUGGACAUAUCCGAAUCAACCUCACCAGGGGAGCGCUUUUCACUAACCAACGCCAUUGAUCCCGAUUUUGGUUCGAACUCAGUAAAAACCUAUCAUCUUAGUGAAAGUAAACAUUUUGACAUUGAAAUUCAGACCGGGAGAGAUGGAUCAAAGUUUGCUGAUUUGAUACUGACAAAAGCUUUAGACAGAGAGCAGCAGAAUGUUCAUAAUCUAAUACUGACUGCUGUGGACGGUGGAGUCCCCACGCGCACGGGUACAGCCAGCAUCGUUGUUCGCGUGCUCGAUGUGAACGACAACGCCCCUUCAUUUGACAAAGACAAAUACUUCGUAGAUGUGAUGGAAAACUCCCCGAUUGGAAGUCUAGUAAUCAAACUGAACGCCACUGAUUUAGAUGAAGGGUCCAAUUCUGAUAUUGUUUAUUCAUAUAGUUUGUAUACAUCGGAGAGAACGCAAAAUAUAUUUAACCUGAAUCCAGAAAACGGUGAAAUCAGAGUGAAAGAGAUGAUUAAUUAUGAAGAUAUUAAACUUUAUGAGAUGGAGGUUAUUGCCAGCGACAAGGGGCCUAAUCCCUUAUCUGGACAGUGUAAACUGACAAUACAGGUGACAGACAUGAAUGACAACCACCCAGAGAUUUCCAUCAAAUCAUUUCAGAGUCCAGUCAGUGAAAACAUAGAAUUGGACACAGUGAUAGCUGUAGUUAGUGUCAGUGAUAAAGACUCAGGGGACAAUGGAGUGGUGGAUCUUCAUAUUCCAGGUAAUAUGCCUUUCAAACUGAGAGAAUCCUCCGAUAACUAUUAUGAAUUAGUGGUGUCAGAGCCGUUAGACCGUGAGAAGGUCGCAGAAUAUGACAUCACUUUCACUGUCACAGACAGAGGUUCUCCUCCUUUAUCUGACAAUGAAACUAUGACUUUAGAGCUGCUGGAUGUUAACGACAAUGUUCCACAGUUCCCGCUGUCGUUUUACACCAUACGUGUAAUGGAGAAUAACGCACCCGGGGCCUUGCUGAGUUCACUCACUGCGUUUGACCCCGACCUCCAUGAAAACCAGUAUCUAGUUUAUUUCAUCCUAGAGAAGGAGAUAGCCAACACCUCCAUGUCCAUGCUGUUCUCCAUCAAUCCAGAGAACGGUAAUCUUUACGCGCUGAAAACUUUUGACUAUGAGAUCGAGAAGGAGUUUCUUUUCCACAUCGAGGCCAGAGACUCUGGCUCUCCUCCACUCAGCAGUAACGUGACCGUCCACAUCAUUAUUGUGGACCAGAACGACAACGCUCCGGUUAUCGUCUCUCCGUGGCGCGCACACGGCUCGGUGGUGGAGGACAAGAUCCCCAGAUCCACCGAUAAAGGCUCCCUGGUUGCCAAGGUGAUAGCCUUAGACACCGACUCGGUGCACAACUCUCGGAUUACCUACCAGUUUCUACAGGUGACUGACGCCACCUUGUUCAGUCUGGACCAGUACAACGGAGAGAUCCGGACCAUGAGGAUGUUCAGUUACAGAGAUCCGCGCCACCAGAGACUGGUUGUUGUUGCCAAGGACAACGGGGAGCCUGCUCUCUCUGCUACAGUCACCAUCAAGCUGUCCACAGUGGAGACCGCCGUUAAGGCCUACUCUGACAUGACUGAGGUGCCUCUGGAGUAUGACAUCUUCUCAGACCUAAACCUGUAUUUGGUGAUCGGUCUGGGCUCGGUGUCGUUUCUCCUGCUCAUCACCAUAUUGGUCACGAUCGUGCUCAAGUGUCAGAAACCCAAGGCCAGCAAAGCGGCUCCUCCCUGCAGGAACAGUGUGAUCAGUGAGAGGAACUCCACCAUCGCAGAUUCCACCUUGGUCUCCAACGAUGCCUACUGGUACAGUCUGUUUCUAGCAGAGACCAGGAAAGGAAAGCUGGUGGUCAGACAGCCUCUGCCAAAGGGCUCCAGGUACAUCGUGUCCAGUUUACCAAGAGGCACAGGACUGACAGAGACUAGUGACUCAGCAGCUUCCACUCUGCAGGUAUGCGAAAACUUCAGUUUUCAAUACGGAUUCUUCUCAAUGGCUCAUCACACUCGUCAGUAUUCCCGCAGACGGUACGUUUCCGUAUUUCUUUUUCUUUCUGCCAUCGUGAACACGGUUUCCACCGUCACCCAUUAUUCUGUCCCCGAAGAAAUGGAGGAAGGCUCCGUCGUUGCUAAUUUGGCAACUGAUUUGGGAUUGGACGUGAAGAGUCUGAAUAAAAGAAAAAUGCGCUUGGACGUUGUAGCAAAUAAAAAAUAUCUUGACAUCAACAAGGACACGGGAGAGCUGUUCAUUUUAGAAAGGAUAGACAGAGAAUUUUUGUGCCCAUCAAAAACAACCACGUCUUGCUUUCUUAAAUUGGACGCAACGAUUGAAAACCCAAUACGAAUGUUUAAUAUCGAGGUCGAAAUCAUGGAUAUUAAUGACAACGCUCCUCAUUUCCGGCGAGGAACAAUGCAUUUGGACAUCUCUGAAUCAAGCCCCAUUGGAGAGAGAUUCUCACUGAAUAACGCUGCAGAUCCAGAUGUUGGAACGAAUUCUGUUAAAGAUUACCACCUGAGCUCAAGCGAACAUUUUGCGCUUGAAAUUCAGACCGGGAGAGAUGGGUCAAAGUUUGCCGAUUUGAUACUGACAAAAGCUUUAGACAGAGAGCAGCAGAAUGUUCAUAAUCUAAUACUGACUGCUGUGGACGGUGGAGUCCCCACGCGCACGGGUACAGCCAGCAUCGUUGUUCGCGUGCUCGAUGUGAACGACAACGCCCCUUCAUUUGACAAAGACAAAUACUUCGUAGAUGUGAUGGAAAACUCCCCGAUUGGAAGUCUAGUAAUCAAACUGAACGCCACUGAUUUAGAUGAAGGGUCCAAUUCUGAUAUUGUUUAUUCAUAUAGUUUGUAUACAUCGGAGAGAACGCAAAAUAUGUUUAACCUGAAUCCAGAAAACGGUGAAAUCAGAGUGAAAGAGAUGAUUAAUUAUGAAGAUAUUAAACUUUAUGAGAUGGAGGUUAUUGCCAGCGAUAAGGGGCCUAAUCCCUUAUCUGGACAGUGUAAACUGACAAUACAGGUGACAGACAUGAACGACAACCACCCAGAGAUUUCCAUCAAAUCAUUUCAGAGUCCAGUCAGUGAAAACAUAGAAUUGGACACAGUGAUAGCUGUAGUUAGUGUCAGUGAUAAAGACUCAGGGGACAAUGGAGUGGUGGAUCUUCAUAUUCCAGGUAAUAUGCCUUUCAAACUGAGAGAAUCCUCAGAUAACUAUUAUGAAUUAGUGGUGUCAGAGCCGUUAGACCGUGAGAAGGUCGCAGAAUAUGACAUCACUUUCACUGUCACAGACAGAGGUUCUCCUCCUUUAUCUGACAAUGAAACUAUGACUUUAGAGCUGCUGGAUGUUAACGACAAUGUUCCACAGUUCCCGCUGUCGUUUUACACCAUACGUGUAAUGGAGAAUAACGCACCCGGGGCCUUGCUGAGUUCACUCACUGCGUUUGACCCCGACCUCCAUGAAAACCAGUAUCUAGUUUAUUUCAUCCUAGAGAAGGAGAUAGCCAACACCUCCAUGUCCAUGCUGUUCUCCAUCAAUCCAGAGAACGGUAAUCUUUACGCGCUGAAAACUUUUGACUAUGAGAUCGAGAAGGAGUUUCUUUUCCACAUCGAGGCCAGAGACUCUGGCUCUCCUCCACUCAGCAGUAACGUGACCGUCCACAUCAUUAUUGUGGACCAGAACGACAACGCUCCGGUUAUCGUCUCUCCGUGGCGCGCGCACGGCUCGGUGGUGGAGGACAAGAUCCCCAGAUCCACCGAUAAAGGCUCCCUGGUUGCCAAGGUGAUAGCCUUAGACACCGACUCGGUGCACAACUCUCGGAUUACCUACCAGUUUCUACAGGUGACUGACGCCACCUUGUUCAGUCUGGACCAGUACAACGGGGAGAUCCGGACCAUGAGGAUGUUCAGUUACAGAGAUCCGCGCCACCAGAGACUGGUUGUUGUUGCCAAGGACAACGGGGAGCCUGCUCUCUCUGCUACAGUCACCAUCAAGCUGUCCACAGUGGAGACCGCCGUUAAGGCCUACUCUGACAUGACUGAGGUGCCUCUGGAGUAUGACAUCUUCUCAGACCUAAACCUGUAUUUGGUGAUCGGUCUGGGCUCGGUUUCGUUUCUCCUGCUGAUCACCAUAUUGGUCACCAUCGUGCUCAAGUGUCAGAAACCCAAGGCCAGCAAAGCGGCUCCUCCCUGCAGGAACAGUGUGAUCAGUGAGAGGAACUCCACCAUCGCAGAUUCCACCUUGGUCUCCAACGAUGCCUACUGGUACAGUCUGUUUCUAGCAGAGACCAGGAAAGGAAAGCUGGUGGUCAGACAGCCUCUGCCAAAGGGCUCCAGAUACAUCGUGUCCAGUUUACCAAGAGGCACAGGACUGACAGAGACUAGUGACUCAGCAGCUUCCACUCUGCAGGUACAAAUGACACUUCAAUACAGUUCAAAUAAACCCUUAUUUUUAGCUUUAUUCAUGUGCCAAAAAAUAUAUUGCCUAUUGUCAACACAGUUCACACUGCAAUAUUUCAUUACUGAUCAUUGGCAUAGUUUUUUGUUUUUUUUUGAGUGAAUAUUGUUUGAGGCAAGUAUUAGUGAUUAAAAAAGAAUAAUUGUAACAUGUUUUGCAGUUUACAAUGGGAAAUUUCAUUCCAAAAAAAAAAAAACAACAAAAUGACGAAAACAGUAUAAAUAUUUGGCAUCAGUGGAUUAGAAGCACAUACAUCGUUUUUUCUCUACCUCUGAUGUUGUCUGUGAUUGUUUUACACCUGUAAGUAUACUGGUUUCAAUUUUCAUGUGUGUGUGGCCUCUUCACACAGUGGCUGACCCUUUACUGCCAUAACAAAAAAGUCUGACAUCAUUUAAUCUCUCUUUAUGGUGCAUUAAAAAUUCCAUUAA